UCCCGCGGCCUACCGCCGCUGCACAUGAGGAACCGGCCGCUCACAGUGACAUUCUCGAUAUUUCCUCCAGUUACAAGGCUAAAUCCCACCGAUUUUAUUCCCACCCUCAUUAAAGAAAUAGAGGGGGAAGAAAGGAAUAAAACGCCCCUCUGAAGCAUGGCAUUGGAUGCCGUUUAAAAAAGCUCAAGCCAUACUUUCCGGCUUUCCACCACAAUGGCGAUUCCACCUUUACCACGAGCCCCCUCGCCUCCCCCCGUUUCCUAAGCCUAAACCCUAGCUCGAAUUCAACCGUCUCGACUCCGACCCCGUGCCUGCUCGCUUCCUCCUCUGCCAUGGCCGCCGCGCGGGCGCGAGAGGCGACGCCACCGCCGGUGAUCGGGAAGGCCGGCAGGUACACCAUCUUCAUCACUCCACCGCCGACCCCCAAGCCCUCCGAGGCCCCGAGACCCCUGAGCCCUAGCCUUAAGCCGAGCCCUAGUCCUAGUCCAAGAAAUGUGGCUCCUUUGCCCGUCAGGGUGCCUUCGUCGUCCCUGUCGCCGGCUCCGGCUGUACCGCCGGUUCAGGUCCCGCCGCCGCAGUUCGAGAAGCCGGCCGCUCGGGCGUCGCCAUCCGUGUUCGGGUUCUUCUGGAACGCCGUCGCCAAAGUCCAAGAUGUGCAUUCGAGCUUGGAUGAGUACUUGGCGGAUUUGUUUGGGUUAAACCAAUCGAAGUAUCAGUGGGCGUUAAAUGAUUACUACGAGAACAACGAGAAGAUGGAAGGUAGCAAAGGUGGUAAACUAAAAGAACAUACCAGCAAAGUGCAGGGUGUCUGAUAUAUUAAUAGAUGUUGUCUGGCAUACUAAUGUGUGAUUGUGAUAAUAGAAAAUCUAUAUCAUUGGUGCCAUUUGUAUGACCAUGCCGAGGCAUUGAGGGGUCUCCAUUCAUGACCGCCAACUAGUUUUAACACAUCAUCCAGCCGUGCCCAUUACAUUGCAGCAGUCCAAUUGUGGCGUAAAUGUUUGACAAACAGCCCGGGAUGGCUUUGUCUCAUGUGUGGUCACCUGUUAAGCGUUUUUUUCUUAUGCUCCAUGGGAGCUGGUGUAUCUUUUUUAUGAGUUUUGUUUUGAACUGUUAAGACAUUAUUAAUCAGUGGUAGCAAGCAUGGUUAUUUCCAAAUCAGAUCACAUGUUGCAUA